CUCCGUCCACAAGAGCGCAGGCUUUCACUGCCAGCUGGUCUCUCUGCCUUUCUCCAGACAGCGCAAUGAGACUCUCGGAAAGAGGGAGAGACGCUGCUUUUGAUGCUCGAGCAAGACGCUAAACCGACGCGAGCAACAUCUGUCUGGAUGCUGAGGAAAUGAGCUGAGUGUGAACGAGAAGAAGAUGACCGUGAUGAUGGAGAGGAUCGGGGCGAUUCGGCUUUACCUCAUGAAAUGGAUUUGUCUACGCUGGGCUUGGGUUUGUGUGGCUGCCUGUGGUGGGAAAGUGGAGUUACACACCGAGAGGAGAGGAGUGAUCUACAGCCCAUCAUGGCCCCUCAACUACCCGCCCGGAGUGAACUGCAGCUGGAAUAUACAGGGGAUCCGCGGAGAUGUGAUCACAAUCAGUUUUCACAGCUUUGAUGUGGAGGACACGGGGGACUGCAGGGGCGACUGGCUACUGCUCGGCCCCACAUGGAAAGCUGAGUAUCGGUUCUGUGGCUCUGUUCUUCCUCCUCCUUUCAUCUCCUCCAGAGGACGAGUCUGGGUCUACUUCCACUCUCAGGCUAACAGCUCUGGACAGGCACAGGGCUUCAGACUAUCUUACAUACGAGGUGGACUGGGUCAGAGUAGUUGUGAGAACGAUGAAUUUUUAUGUGGGAAUGGUAAGUGCAUUCCACGUUCCUGGCGCUGUAACGGAUUGGACGAGUGUGGAGACAAUACAGACGAAAGGAGCUGUGCUGCCCCACCAACACCCGCCCGGGUCAGUCUGUGUCCGCCUGGUACCUUGCAGUGCUCUGAUAUCCAAUCUACCCGCUGUCUGCCGGUGUCUCUGCGCUGUAAUGGAGCCCGGGACUGUCCUGAUGGAUCCGACGAGGCCCACUGUCCCGACACGUCCUGUGGAAAACGCUUAGUCAACUUCUAUGGGACGUUUGCCUCACCUGAUUUUUUCCGUCCAAACAGGAGCGCUGGCACAGAUCUUCACUGCACGUGGUUCCUAGACACACAAGACCCAAAGCCGUUGGUGCUGCAGGUGGAUCUACAGCUGGGUGUGGGAGAUUCUGUCCGUGUUUACGAUGGAUUGGGAGAACGUGCAGAACGCCUUCUACAGAGUCUCUCUCACCAUAAUAACCACAGACGAGCCCUGCUGGAGUCGUCCCAGGGACAGAUGAGCAUCUUCUACCACGCCAAACCACACAGCCCUGGACACGGAUUCAACGCCACCUACCAGGUUAAAGGGUACUGCUUUCCAGGUGAGCAUCCAUGUGGCACAGACGAGGGCUGUUACUCUGAGCUGCAGCGCUGUGAUGGCUACUGGCAUUGCCCUGGGGGGCGAGAUGAGGAGGACUGCCCACUGUGUCAGCCGGGAGAGUAUCCCUGCGAGGGUGGCAGUGGGGCGUGUUACUCAGCCUCCGAGAGGUGUAACAACCAGAAGAAGUGCCCCGAUGGCUCAGAUGAGAAAAACUGCUUUGACUGCCAGCCUGGAAACUUCCACUGUGGAACCAACCUGUGCAUCUUUGAGACGUGGCGCUGCGAUGGGCAGGAGGACUGUCUCGACGGUAGUGAUGAAAGAGACUGUCUUGCAUCUGUGCCCAGGAAGGUGAUCACAGCGGCUCUGAUUGGCAGCUUGGUCUGUGGGCUGCUACUGGUCAUUGCACUGGGUUGUGCCUUUAAGCUCUACUCGCUCAGGACAAGAGAGUACAGAGCUUUUGAAACCCAGAUGACUCGACUAGAGGCGGAGUUUGUUCAGAGGGAGGCUCCACCCUCUUAUGGUCAACUGAUAGCUCAAGGUCUCAUACCUCCAGUUGAUGACUUCCCAGUGUACAACCCAACCCAGGCAUCUGUUCUGCAGAAUCUCCGCUCAGCUAUGCGGAGGCAGAUUCGUCGUCACUCUUCUCGUCGUUCCUCGUCACGGCGGCGACUUGGUCGUCUGUGGAAUCGCCUGUUCCAUCGUGGAUCUCGGUUACGUGGUCAGAUACCUCUCCUCACGCCUCCAGGCCACACACACACAAACACACACCCCGAUCUGAGCCUCCACAGCUACAACACAACGGACGAUGGCAUCGAGGAGUCACGUGAAAGUGCGGGACAGACUCCGCCACCCUGUUCGACGGUGGCGCUGGGACUGGCCCUGCAGGCUCACACUGAGGCCCUCUGCCUACCUGACAGAGAGUCUCCAUCCUCUCCUCUCUCCCUGCCCUCCCCCAACUCACCCCGCUCCACCUCUGACACCCUGGAGGAUGAAGAUGAUGAAGAUGACAGAAGUUUAGAGGGGAUCAGAAUGAGAUCCAAACAGGGCAUGUCUCCGAAACAUAAAGAUGACGACAGCCCUCCCGGACCCCCCGAUAGCCCCAAACGCAGCACAAGCCGGUCGAGAUCCUCCAGACGGCUGGUGCAAGAACUGGCUGCAGAGCUCAGAGGAGUCUCUCUCUUACGGUAUACCUCUGUGGGCAUCUCGCCGCUUUCCUCCCCUGAGUCACCGACGUCCUCCAGCGGUCAGUCUGAGGAGCAGAGAAGCUUUCCUACAUUCAGAAAUCCACAUAUGGAUGCACAUACAGACUCACUCACAGAUGCUCACGGACACGUCAGGAAAUCUUCAGUAACAGAAGAGGUUCCUGGUGAUAGUGUCAGGCUUUGCAGACUCACAACUAGCGAGGAAGAGGAUGAUGAGAUUUUGUUAGUGCACUGAAUAACCUUUAUCACCAUACCUGUUCUGAUUUUGUGCCAACACAGUGAGCCUUACAAGGUUCAACCAACAGCCUUCCAUCCAGAGUCAUAAAGUACAGUACGUUUACAUGCGCAGUUUAAUCAAGUUUUUUGCAUUGUCAAGCUACAUUCUUUAUAUAAGUAUACAUAUAUAUGAAGGAUUAAAUACACAAGGCCAAGGCCAAUUGCAGUCUGAUUUAAGGGAUAGUUCACCCAAAAAUGAACAUUUUGUCAUGAAUUACUCACCGUCAUGUCGUUCCAAACCCAUAAGACCUUCGUUUAUCUUCAGAACACAAAUUAAGUUAUUUUUGAUGAGCUUUCUGACCCUCCAUAGACAGCAAUGCAACUACCAAGUUCAAAGCCCAGAAAGGUAGUAAGGACAUCCAUAAAAUAGUCCAUGUGACAUCAGUGGCUCAACCUUAAUGUUAUUAAGCCACGAGAAUACUUUUUGUGCACAAAGAAAACAAAAAUAACUUUAUUCAACUAUUUAUUCUCUUCCGUUUUAGAAAUGAAUGUGCGUUUACGACAGUACCACGACAGUGGGUGGGUGGACUAUACCUUUAACAUGUAUACAUGCUGGACAAAAUCAAGCUACAAUUACAUCUGAGUCUGUUAGUGUGACUUUGCAAAAAACAGACUGGUACUAUUUCAGUCAGCAUUUAUAUGCAUUUUAAAAAGACAAAUUAUUGCUUUAGUAAGACUGAAUCGAUCUUUGUGUACAUAAACAUAUGCUACCGUUCAAAGGAUUGGGUUCAGUAAAGAUUUCUUUUUUUUUUUUUAAAGAAAUGAAUGUAAAUCAAAAGUGACAAUAAUGGAUUCUACAUUGUUACAAAAAUGUCCACUUCAAAUAAAUGCUGUUCUUCUGAACUUUCUUUUUACCAAAGAAUCAAAAGCAAAAACUGACAGUUUCUACAAAAGCAUUAAGCGGCACAACUGUUUUCAGCAUUGAUAAUAAGAAGUAUGCACCCGAUCAGCAUAUAAGAAUGAUUUCUGAAGGAUCAUGUGACACUGAAGACUGGAGUAAUGGCUGCUGAAAAUUCAGCUUUGCAUCACAGGGAAUUACAAUUCAACAGUUAUGUUAAACUCUAAUAAUAUUUCAUAAUAUUGCUGUUUUUUUAUGUAUUUUCAUAAAAGAAAAAGGCAACCUUGGUGAGCGUAAGAGACGUUCAGAAAUGUAAAAAAUCUUAGUGACUCCAAAACCUUUGAACGGUAGUGUGCUUACAAAGUUUUGAGUCUUGUACUUGUAGAAUGUUUGGCAUUUACUCCGUCAUAGUACAAGAUGGAGGAUUCAAUCUCAGCUCAGGCUCUGCAGUGUCGUGCUUAAGUAGAUCAUUUCACAGUUCAGCUCCAGAUUGUUCACUUGCUAGAAAUCACCAAAAACCUUAUGAAUGUGACACUAUAACAAUAUUUCACUACCAUGAUACUCUCCCACAUGGAAUAUCAUUAUAACACAGAACUUAAUUUGCCUGGAUCUCUGUUUUCAUCAGUAACAUUCUGACUCAUGACCUUCAGAAGCUCUGAAAAGACUUCAGAGAUCUCCUCUCACCUCCCCAACGCCUUAUAAGAGAUUCACCAUGUCGCCCGCAGAGGGAAAUGUUCCUGCGCUCAUUUCAUUUCUAUCAGAACCAGCCAGUUGUCUCAGAAUUAUGCUUUAUAGAUUCAGCACUGAAUGUUUGAAUGUUGGUUGUGCUCUACAUUGGAUAUUGACCUCUUGUAUUAUAAAUACACUACCGUUCAGAAAGGUUGAGGUCGGUAAGAUAUUUUUUUGAAAGUUGAAGUUUUUGAAAGAAGUCUUUUAUGCUCACCAAGGCUGAAUUUAUUUUGUUGGUAACACUUUAUUUUAGGGUCUCUUAACUAGUUGCUUAUUAGCAUGCAUAUUACUAGAAUAUUAGCCAUUUAUUAGUAGCAAUUAAGCACAUAUUAAUGCCUUCUUCUACAUCCCUAAUCCUACCCAAUACCUAAACUUAACAACUAUCUUACUAACUAUUGAUAAGCAGCAAAUUAGGAAUUUAUUGAGGGAAAAGUCGUAGUUAAUAGUGAAUAAGUGUUCCCUAUUCUAAAGUGUUACCAUUUUGUUCAAAAAUACAAUGAAAACAGUAAUAUUGUGAAAUAUUAUUAGAAUUUAAAACAGCUGUAAUUUAUUUCUGUGGGCAGGUCCACCACUGACAUUAAUUAAUAUUAAGAAGCUUUUUCCCCAUGCAAAAGACAGCGAGCCUUUCCUGAAGGGAAGCAGAACUCAGGGAUUGUAUAAUGGUUCAUGAAAGAGAAGCAGUUAACCUGGAUUUCCUUGUUAACAGCUGUAGUCUAUAGGUGUACUGAGAAGAACUGCUGCCUCAGUUGAGUUCUGAAGCCAUCAGAAUAUCACAGAGUCGUGGGAAAAUGACUCAAUAAUCACAUUUGUGCUUGAGCUCACACACAUUGGUGUCUUUGUUUUUCAUAUCAGCUGUUAUAAUUUCAUCUGCGUUCAUGCAUUUGGUACUUGAGAGACUUGUUUGCCAGUAAAAUUAUGUUGCUUCCAUAUCAUGUAUGUUCUGUUAAUAAAUGUAGUGCUACAUACUCAGUGCAAGUCACACUUGCUGCUUUAGCACACUUGGUCCUGGUCCAAGCUUUGAAAUAAGAACUAAAGCUGGUCCUGUCUCUGAAGGGUCAGUCUGUUCCUUCCUUUCGUUCUGUCUGCUGGCUGACUGCCUGUUAUUUCACACAUUUCCAUCCUCCAUGUUCUGACUGCAGGAUCUCUUGUCUGAUCCAACAGGUUUAAGAAUGUGCCAUUUCAGAGAUUGACAGAUUUUAUAGAAUCGCAGAUGUUUUAAUACAUUGUGAAGCCUUUAGAUUCAGUGCCAUUAUAGAGGUCAUGCACUUUCUGUCUUGUCAUUUUAAAUGGCUGAAGAUUAAAGCACUUCUAAGAGACUUUACUUGCGACAUCCAUCAUUACUUAUUUGACAUUUUUUAAUAGUGUAUUUUAUGUUCUGUGAAAUUCAAGUAAAAUCCAAUAGAAGAGAUCAAUCAACACAUUAGUUAUUUGGCCAGCAGCUUGAAAUCCUAGACCAGUGGUUCUUAACCUUUUUGACUC